GGUCGGGUUGAGCAAGGGGGCGGCAGCAGCAGGAUUUUCCUCGACAUCUGGAGGUGGCGGUGGCCGCGCUUGGGAGCAGGCGGCAGGCGAUAGCUGUUCGCCGCAGCAACAGUGGUUGCAGCGGCUCCUCCUCCUCCUGCUGCUGCUUCACUAAGUCCCUCCGCCUGAGUGCCAGCUCCCGCCUCUCUGAGUCUUCGGUCACUCUUCCUUAUUAACAAAUACACAAAGGGCCGCGCCGGUCUAGAGACGCGUCUGUAGUCGGCAUGGGAGACAAGAAGAGCCCCACAAGGUGAGGAGGGCGGAAAGGCGAGCGGGAGGGCAAGCUCUCAGACAGGCCGAAGCGGCAACAGAAACCCUCCUCCGACGAGGGCUAUUGGGACUGCAGUGUGUGCACCUUCCGGAACAGCGCCGAGGCCUUCAAGUGCAUGAUGUGCGAUGUGAGAAAGGGCACCUCCACUCGGAAACCUCGACCUGUCUCUCAGCUGGUUGCACAACAAGUUACCCAGCAAUUUGUGCCCCCAACACAAUCAAAAAAAGACAAAAAAGACAAAGUAGAAAAAGAAAAAAGUGAAAAAGAAACUACUACCAAAAAGAACAGUCAUAAGAAAACCAGGCCCAGAUUGAAAAAUGUGGAUCGAAGUAGUGCUCAACAUUUGGAAGUUACUGUUGGUGAUCUGACAGUCAUUAUUACAGACUUUAAAGAAAAAACUAAGUCGCCACCUGCUUCUAGUGCAGCUUCUGCAGACCAGCACAGUCAAAGUGGUUCUAGUUCUGACAAUACAGAGAGAGGAAUGUCCAGGUCAUCUUCACCUAGAGGAGAAGCCUCAUCAUUGAAUGGAGAAUCUCAUUAAAGUUUAUUUACUUCAGUUUAUUUAGUCUUUCCUUUCAAAAAAUUAUAUAUAUACAACUUCUGCUAACAGUUACCACAUUUUCAUGACUUAUCACCGUGCAUGAUUACGUUUACUCAAAUAUGAUUUAUGCCGUUUUUUAUAAGCAGUUCUGCAGUGCAAUUAAAUUGCACUGCAAUCUACAAAACAUUUUUAGAUCAAUUUUUUAAUCUUCAUAUACAAUAGUGCCAUGAAAAUGUGGUUUGAAUGUUCUUGAUGCAGUGUUAACUGGUAAGUCCAUUUCCUCUCUUACUUUAGUGAAUUUUAACAGAACUCAGAUUCUGUGCUAUUGGCAUGUACUGAAUGAAUUAAAAAAAUAGUUCAAGCUGCAUAAAUAUGCAUUAUUUGAGAAUUGUGAAUCAUAGUUAUAUAUGUAUGCAAGUCAAAGAUCAACUUAAUCAGCAAUUGCUGCAAAAAACUUUUCGUAAUGAUUACCUUUAAAACACCUGCUGGUACUUGGUGUGGUUGAAUAGGAAAAUGUUAUUAAAUAAAACAUUUGUAUGAAUUUUUGCCAAUGUCCAACACAUUUUACUGGAUUAUUGUAAUUGAAUAAUGUUGCUAGCUUCUCCAAACUGUUAGAACAUUUAUUGUUAAUGUUUACAAGCAAAAAAGUAAAUCUGUUACAAACAUUGUUUAGCUUUAUAAUUCAAAUAUAGUAUUAUCUUGUCCUUAUACACUGGUAUUCUCUGUUAUAGAACAUAAAUUUAUUCUGAAAUUAUUAAUCAUUUUCUGGUUUUCUUAAUUCCAUAUCUUAAAAUUACUGGUGAUAGCUUUAAAAUCCCAAACAUGAUGCCAUCAUAAUUGGUAUUGUCCACUUACUUUCUCCAAGAUUUGCUCAGUGUUAUAGUGAUAUACUGUUCAGGAGGCUGGAAUCCAAAGAGGCUUUUAAGUUUGUGUAUGAGUUUAGUGGUUUAUUUUGUUUUUUAGCCAUAGUUCUUUGCACUGCACCAGAGAGCAUUCCCAAAGAUCUCCCAAGAAAAUGGGUAGCGCAGGGGACUGCAGUUGGAGGAGGUGAACUUUAAAAGCAAUGGUGCCUGUGUAUGUUUGUAUGUAUGGAUGUGAAAAGAACCUGUGCAGCCUUUAGGAUUCAGCCAGUGAUAUUAAAUGUUGCACCAGAAUAAAUAACUAAGCAAAUGUGGUAUGUAUUACAUUUGUUCCUGUAUCAGCCUUUUGCUUUUUUUAAAAAAAAAAGAACUUUUAUUAAAUAAUAUAGAGUAAAUCAUAGGAAAAAUGCAAUUCUUUGUUUUUGAUAUAGUGGUGGAUAUUUAUGCAUUUAGCAAUAUAGAAACACAGAACAAAAAGAUUUAUAGUCCCAUUCAGUAUUAUGUAAACUUUUCAAUAAAAUAUUUUUAUGAGUAUAGGUUUUGCAAUUUUGUUUACAAUCAGUUAAGUGUUUUAAUGUACAAAUUAAUGAUUAACUCUUUCACCUGUACUGUAGAAUUAGAAAUAUAGUGGGAGGGAAGAUGAUUUAUAACUUCUAAGGGUGUUUUUAUAUAUGAUUGUCCACUUAAAUGAAGGACAUUCACUGAUCAGAAUGUAAACCCAAUCUAAAAAAUAUUUUAAUUUAAUAAGACAAUUAGCAAAUCAGAACUUAUACAUUAUAAUUGACAGCACAAAAGUCUAUACAUUUCUACUCAGAAAUGUCUCAUUGAGUUCAUAGUUUAUAGCACUACAGCAUCCUUAAUCCUUGCAUUUUUACUCAGCAGCCCAAACAUGAGUGGGGGAAGAAGGUUCAUGACAUGUGCACAAUGAUGUCAUCAUAAUAAUAUCUUAAGCUGCUUAUUUGUGUCACUUAUCAGGUCACAAAGUACAUCAUGGUAACUUUUGUAUGAUGACAUCACCAACCAUAUUAUUUUGGUAUCUUCAUAAUUUACUGCAAAUGCUUCUGGGCCUGAGGCUGUUUCCCUACGGAAUUAAGAGGCACUGUGCUAUUUGGAAUUUACUUCCAAAUAAACAUGCAUAGAGUUGCAUUGCACAAAGUAAACAGUAGUAAAAGCAUUCUAAUUCAUUUUUCCAAAUUUAUUGUAUUUUUCUGUUGCUUGGACUAGUUGCCAAUAUUAGCAUUUUUGUACCCACAAACAUCCUCAUGAAAAUGUCCUUCAGAUGCAGAGUUACUAAAAAUGAAGGUUCUCAUAGUGAUGGAUUUUAAAAUAAUGAACUAGAAGAGAAAGUCUAGUCAAUGUAUAUAUUUGUGUUUUCUGUGUUAGAUUAAUCUUAUGCACACUUACUUGGAUAGAUCUCACUGAAUUCAAUGAAACUUAACUCUGGGAAAAUAUACAUAGAAUCAGGCUGUUAAUCUUAUUUGUUUUGGUAAAAAGUCCAGUUGUGUAUUGUUGAAGGGAACGCUUCACAAAGUAGCUAGGAAUUAACUGUUUUUCACCUAAAAUAAAUAUUUUAAGUGAACUAUGAAAAAUUAAAUAGGAUUUUGGUAAUAAUUCUAACCAAAAAUAUUAAAUAUGUAUAAUGACAGCCUUUCAGCUAGAAUUGAAUUUUGUAGCUCUGCUAAUGGUGAUGUUUGUUGGUCUCUUGCAGUAUUGUAUUUUUCUGUUUUUAACUCCAGUACUUCUACAGGCACAAUAGUACUGUCUAUUUUGUACCAUGUUAGAUGUGAAAUACAGUCUGAUGUGAAAUGUAAAA